CUCGCGAGAUUUUUGUUAGAGGUCAAAGUUGGCUUUUCCAUGUGUGCAUGUCCCUGUAUGUGCAGGUUUACUACAGAGCGUUUCUGUGGGACUUAGCUACAGUUUCCCCGGUGUUCAUAUAUGUUUAUGAGCGUGGUUAUUUAACCUUGUUUAAAUAUUUAGGAGACCUUUUUAAAGUUGGUUUUAGUUUGUUAAAUUCUUCGCUAAUACGCGCUAGCCUCGGCUUUUCAGCUGGUAGAGCAGAUUGAAUCUUUUGCAGUCUCUUUUAGCUGCUAGAUCUUCUAAAGAUGGUUUAGCGUGACAUGUUUCGGGUCAGGCCGCUGCUGAGUGCCUUAGUUAACCACCGACAGACGUUAAAGACAAACGGGGGUCUUUAUAAGCCCUUUUGCACGAUGAGUGAAGGAGGCAUGGAUAAGCAGACAGCUACACUGUUAAAAAGGACCAAUGAGGAAAAUGAAGACUCUGCUGAGAAGGUCCAGGCAGCUAAAAGGGUGAAGACAGAUGGGGAACACGCUGAAGAUGAAAAGAAAUAUCCAAAGAAGAAAGUGGUCCUGCUCAUGGCGUACUCGGGAAAAGGAUAUUACGGGAUGCAGAGAAAUCCUGGAAACUCUCAGUUCAGGACCAUUGAAGAUGAUCUGGUUGCUGCUCUUAUUAAAUCUGGCUGCAUUCCUGAAAACCACGGUGAUGAGAUGAAGAAGAUGUCUUUCCAAAGAUGUGCCAGAACAGAUAAGGGUGUGUCUGCUGCUGGCCAAGUGGUGUCUCUAAAAGUGAGGUUGAUUGAUGAUAUCAUUGAAAAAAUCAACGAGCAUCUGCCACCGCAGAUCAAAGUGCUUGGACUAAAACGGGUGACGCAGGGUUUCAAUUCUAAAAAUAACUGUGAUGCUCGUACGUACUCGUACAUGCUUCCAACACUGGCCUUUUCCCCAAAAGACUAUGAUACCGGGAAUAUAGCAGCAUUUCGCCUGGAACCAGAGACACUACAGAAGGUGAAUCGCCUUUUUGCUCUCUACAAAGGCACACAUAACUUCCACAACUUCACCUCUCAGAAGGCUCCAAGCGACCCCAGUGCCCGCCGCUACAUCACAGAGAUGUCCUGUGGGGAGCCUUUUAUCCGCAGAAAUUAUGAGUUUGCAGUGAUUACUGUGCGAGGCCAGAGCUUUAUGCUGCAUCAAAUCCGCAAGAUGAUUGGCUUGGUGAUUGCAGUGGUCAAGGGCUAUGCAAAGGAGGAGGUGAUGGAGCGGAGCUGGGGACAUGAGAAGGUAGAUGUCCCCAAAGCUCCGGGACUUGGCCUCAUCCUGGAAAGGGUUCACUUUGACCGGUACAACAAACGUUUUGGGGGGGACGGGCUGCAUGAGAAGCUGGAAUGGGAUCGCGAGGAGGAGGAAAUCAAGGCCUUUAAAGAGGCACACAUCUACCCCACCAUUAUCGAGACUGAGUGUGAAGAGGGCUCCAUGGUCAGCUGGAUGGCCACUCUCCCCAUCCAUGACUUUGAGGCCACAUCUAUUGAAGUGCAAGACGAUAAAGUUAAAAAACAGGAUGAUGCAGAUGAAGGAAAUGACUCUGAUUAGGCCACUCUGCCAGCAGAAAGAAGAUGCAUCAUCAUGUGGUUUUUUUUUUGUUUGUUUUUUUAAAUGCUGAUACAGACAUUUUCACUGGGAUCAAAUCUUGUUUCUUUUAUACAAAUGUUAUUAACAAGCAAGUAAUAAAAGCUUCUGUUCUUUAAUGCAACCUGCUUGGUUUCCUAAUAUUAGUUUACCACUAAAACGACUUUGGAUAGCUGGUUUGUUUGAUGUUUCUGCAGUAAUAACUGGCUGCCUACUCUUGAAAAUAGACUCUUAAUGCUACAGCGACAUUUAAAUUGUCAGAAGAAUUGUGUACUACUGCAUACUCAAAUAACAACAUCAACUUAUGACGUUUCAUCUCUUAAUAAGUUUAAAUCCCACAUUUAUGACUUUCUCUGAUAAUAGCAGUGAGCUGUAUUUACAGGACUUUGCAAAAGUCUUGGCCCACUCCUCAUUUCUUUAUAUUUUAUUUUCAAGAAGAAGUUUUUUUAAAGUGAUCUUCAGCAAUAAUCCUCUGGGCUUUCUGAAGGACUCUAAAAGUUUUUCUUUGGACACUGGUUGCUUUUUCACUCAUUGACAGUUCUUUGAAGGAAUCUUUUUCAGUUUGUUAAACUAUUUAAUGAUGACCUAUGGCUAUGUGAUUACUUAAUGUGGGGAGGUUCAGGCAGCAAUGUAAGAGAGCGUUGCAAAGCAAGGACGUGCCAGAAGAAAGAUCAACACAUCUGUAAAGCAAGCAGUACACAGGGGCGCCAAAACGACCCCAGUGCCUGCCACUACAUCACAGAGAUGUCCUGUGAUGAGCCUUGAAACAGCGAGUUGUUCUAAACAGAUAAUUAUGAAUUUCAAAAUCUUAUUUGGUUUUCAUAUGUGCCCAUUUUCAGUGAUAUAACUUUUUCAACCGUCUCUUGAUUUUGCCACAUUUUUCAAGUAACCUAUAUUUGACAACAGCAUAAUAAAACAUGAAAUUCUGUUUUUGGUGUUCCACCAAAAUCUUUAGUGUGCCCCAUAUGGCCACCCUAUGAAAACAUUCUGGAGGUGCCCCUGGCAGUAUAUUUAACAUAGUACAUCUGUCUUAU